UGGCCCUAGUGGGCCUGGCUUUGCCCGUGGCACUACCCUUGCCUGGUGGGCUUUUCGGACCCGUUAGGGGCUCCCCCCCGGGGCUAUUAUUCCCCCCAUCACCCCUCCCCCAUUGCUGUAGGCCGUUGGCUUCUUGUAGGGGGGUCAUUUGGCUGGGUGUGUGUGGCUGAUACCACCUGGUGGGUGUUAGCCGCACUGCAGGUGACUCCUGUUGCUGGGGAAAGUUGUGCGACAUCUUUAGGGGAGUGUGGUCACUGCAGCCUUGGCUUGUUACUGGGGAGGUUGGGCGACUCCUAUUGGAGAGAGCUGUAACUGCUCUGACAAGGGCUUCUGGUGACACCUACUGGGACGAGGCUGAUACUUUUGUUUCUUGUACCUCACCUUGAGCCUGCUAAAGCAUGCCACCCAAAAAGGGAGGGGGCCCUUCCAAGGGCAAACAGCCGGUGAAACGGCCUGCACCCAAGAAACCUCCUCCAACUCUGUCCUCAUCGGAUGAUGAGGAUGGCCCUAGUAGGCAGGAGUUGAUGGAGCGCAUGGCCGCUCUGGAAAAAAGGGCAGCGGGUUUGGCAGUGGGUGGAGAUUUACCUCAGCCACGUAGGGGUGCGAAACGAGUCGCAAAAGUGGGAUUUAACAAAGAAUUUGCCUCUCGUCUGUUGGCACUAGAGAAGAUGACAGCCCUGAGUACAGGGGAACCUAGCUCCAGUCAUCAUCAUCAUCCUACUGCGCCUGAAGCGGAAGGAGAAGGCUAUCUGCCUGGGCCUGGGGACUGUGGACAGGUGGCUGUGGCGGUGGACUCUCCUCUGGCUGAAGGUGCCGUGUCGGGCCAUGAGAGGAGGAGGAUCCUGAUAUGUGGCCACAGCAUGGUGUUUUGGGCGGCCAAUCAAGCUAAGAACACGCCGAUUGGAUCCCAGUUGGGCCUGAGUGCUGUGGCCACAGUGGAGUGGCAGGGACGGCGGGGCCUCAGGUGGCCGGGCCUCUUGCCUCUCCUGUUUAGGGGGCGGUUGCAGCCGCCCCCGCACAUUGUGGUCAUCCACCUGGGUGGGAAUGACCUUGGCAUGGUACAGGGUAAGGCCCUGUCAGUGCAAGUAGCAGUGGACCUAGCAUACAUAAACGACCGAUGGCCUGGUGUGCUGGUUAUAUGGUCCGAGAUGCUACAACGUCGAGUUUGGCGGGAGGCUUUGAAUCCCAAGGCUAUUGAGAGGGCCCGCCAUAAGACCAACCAUGACAUCAGGAAGGCCUUGGGGCAGGGCUUGGAUUUUUCAAGCGCUCGGAGUUGGAGGACUUGCUCCGUGCUCCGGCGCUUUGCAGCACAGCAGCAGGGAGCUUGGCCGGGCCGGCUGGGCCUGCUGCGGGCUGUGCACGGCCCGGAGUUGUGGAGCCGCCGCCGUGGUAACGGCGGCGGAGUGUGUGGGGCGCCGCCGCCGCGGUAUCGGCGGCUCGGCGCGGCGCGGAUCUUUUCGGGCCCGGGGGCUUUGGUGGGCUAG